CGGUCUCAUAUACAAAGCCAACGGCAUACAUGUAUUCGCCGCAAUGACGACUGUUGCAUAGUAGCAUCCCCUCCGUCAAGUCAUGGGUUCGUCGGUCGACCUGGCCGCUGUGGGCACAAAGCUUACCAACGAGGAAGCCCAUAUCCAUAAGGACAGGGUGGCGGACAUACUGGGCCGCAAAGUCUUGACCUUCCCAGGGUCGCAGCCGGUGUCGUUUGCUCGGGAACACAUUCAAACGCUGCAGAAUGAAGACUACUUUUUAUGUGAAAAGACCGACGGCGUACGGUGUCUCCUCUACCUCACCCAAUGGGUUAAUGAGCACCAAGAGCCAAGCGAGAUGCAACUCCUCAUCGAUCGCAAGAACGACUACUACUGCGUUCCCAUUGAUAGUCUCCAUCUUCCGACACCGAGUGACCGUGACCCGAGAGGCUUCGACAUUGCAGGCUUCCACAAGGGUACGCUACUCGACGGCGAGCUUGUUUCCCAAAAGCAGCGUGAUGGCACACGCCGGCUUGCUUAUCUGAUCUUCGACAUGCUGGCCCUAGAUGAAGAGAACAUCAUGCCGAAAACUUUCGCCAAGCGCUAUGCUCGCAUCCAGGAGCGCGUGAUGAGGCCGUAUCGCAAGUUUUCCGAAGCUUAUCGGGCAGACGUUCAAGCGCAACCUUUUGCUUUGCUGCUCAAAGAAAUGCAGGCUCCAUACGGCACGGAGAUGAUGUUCAGGGAUGUCAUUCCUAAGCUACCGCACGGGAAUGAUGGACUAAUCUUUACGCCCGUCAACGAGCCGUACGUGCCAGGCACGGAUAGAGGCCUGCUAAAAUGGAAGCCGCCACAUGAGAAUACAAUUGACUUUAGACUGCAGAUUGGCAGCUUCCCAAUGAUCGAACAUGAUGAUGGUGACCACGAGGAUUGGGACGCUAAGCCGGAGAUCGAGCUGCUCGUGAACCACGGCGGCGGCAAGGAUGGUGGCGACAAAUACUUCGCUAUGCUCACUUUGACCGAUCAGGAGUGGGAAGCGAUGAAGUCGAUGAAUCAGCAGUUCGACCACCGUAUCAUUGAGUGCUGGCGUGACCAUCACACGGGUCAGUGGCGACCCAAGCUUGAAGAGGAUGGCACUCCGCGCUUCCGAGAUGAUAAGGACAGCCCGAACCACAUCUCUACUGUAGAGAGCGUCAUUCAAAGCAUCAAGGACGCAGUAACGCAGGAAGACCUUGUCAAAGCUGCUGGCAAGAUCAGAACGGCUUUCAAGGCGCGCUUGCAAAUCAAGCAGGACGAAGAGAAGCGAAGGGCAGCCGCAGAGGCGGAGCAGAGGCGGAAACGAGAGGACGGUCGAUCCCAACAACAUGCUCAGGCGCAAGCAAGGGACCUCGCCCAUAAGGCUCCCCAGGCUCCACAUGACGCUGGAAUUGACGAUGGGCCAUCCUACUCCGAAUGAGAAUAUCCGGAGCCACAGAUCCCAGCUUGAUUCCUGAGUGUAAGCUAGGUUCGUUGACUGCUGAGCUUCGCUAGCAAGAUGUUGG